GGGUCAUUGAAUAGUAAGCCCAACUAAAACAAACUCAAAACCCGUGCGCUCUCCGUUCUAUGCUAGAACUUUAUCCGCCAAAUAAUCAUAUACUUCCUUCAAGAAUCCAAUGGUAGUGCAAGUAAUUUCCUCAAAACCGAUUGAUCUUUUGCCUUUAUGAAAACCAUGAAAUGAAAAUCUCCUCGGUCACCUUCUCCAUCAAUGGAAUCAACAGAAGCAGAAGCUGCACCUGCAGCAGACCCACCUCUGGAAAUUCUUCCAUGGUUGAAAUCCCUACCUCUAGCCCCAGAAUUCCACCCCACCCUCAUCGAAUUCCAAGACCCUAUUUCCUACAUCCUCAAGAUCGAAUCUCAAGCUUCUAAAUUCGGCAUCUGCAAGAUCGUCCCUCCCAUUCAUCCCUCCCCGAAGAAAACAGCUUUCUCCAAUCUCAACCGUUCCCUCGCUGCCCGCCACCCUCAGAAAUGCCCUGUAUUCCCCACCCGCCACCAGGAGAUUGGCCUCUGCCCGCAUAGGUCCCGCCCCGUUCUGAAAACCGUCUGGGAGAGCGGCGAAUCCUACGUGCUGCAGCAGUUCGAAGCGAAAUCCAAGCAAUUCGAGAGGACCCAUUUGAAGAAGAGUGCGAAAUGGGGUCCACUGCCACUCGAAAUCGAGACACUUUUCUGGAAGGCGAGUGCUGACAGGCCCUUCUCCGUGGAGUAUGCGGGUGAUAUCCCCGGGUCGGGAUUCGCACCAGUGAGCGCAAAGAGACAGCGGGAGAGCGGCGGGCAGGCAUUGGCGGUGGCAGACACGGCAUGGAAUAUGCGUGAAGUGUCGAGGGCGAAAGGGUCGUUAUUGAGGUUUGUUGAGGAGGAGGUGCUGGGAGUGACGUCGCCGGCAGUGGAUGUGGGGAUGGCAUUCAGUUGGUUCGCAUGGCACGUGGAGGACCACGAUUUUCAUGGAUUGAAUUACUUGCAUGUGGGGGCAGAGAAGACGUGGUAUGGCGUGCCGAUGGACGCUGCUGCAGCAUUUGAGGAGGUGGUGAGAGUGCAUGGGUAUGGUGCCGAGGUGAAUCCUCUUGUUACUGUUGCUACUCUUGGGAAGAAGACUACAGUUAUGUCUCCAGAAGUACUUAUUGGAGCUGGAGUUCCUUGCUGCAGAUUGGUGCAAAAUGCCGGCGAGUUUGUCGUUACUUUCCCAAGAGCGUAUCAUUCAGGUUUCAGUCACGGUUUUAACUGUGGAGAGGUAGCGAAUAUUGCGACUCCUGAAUGGUUGAGAAUAGCCAAAGAAGCUGCAAUUCGUAGGGCUUCAAUUAAUAACCCUCCUCUGGUGUCCCAUGUUCAACUGCUUUAUGCACUUGCUCUGACAUUGUGUUCAAGGAUACCAAUGAGCAUCAGUAAUGAGCCUCGGAGCUCAAGAUUGAAAGAUAAGAAGAGAGGUGAAGGAGAUGUAAUGGUCAAAGAGCUAUUUGUGCAGAAUGUAAUAGAAAAUAAUGACUUAAUGCGUGCUCUUCUUGAAAAUGGGGCUUCUUGCAUUCUUCUUCCGCGAAAUUCUUCAGACGUGCAUUUGAGCUCACAUUUGUAUGCUGGAUCCCGAAUAAAGGUAAAGCCCAGGCAAUUACUUGGUUUAUGCAGUCCCAAGGAAGCAACGGAUGGCUCAAAAAUUUUACUUUCCGAUGGUAUCAUGCUAGACAGGAAUUCAUGGCUCAGGCAUUCGAAUGGUUCCUGUUCAGAGAAGGGAAAAUUAGUUUCUGUAUGCCAAGAAGGAAAGAGGCUUCCCACCGUAAAAUACAGUCGAUAUGGAAGUAAUGAUUUGCAUGGUUCCACUUCAGGCUUGUGGAGUAUGGAUUGUGGAAAAGAAGCAACAUCCCAAGGAGGAGCAUUGUUGGAUGGAGGGCGAUUUUCAUGUGUGACAUGUGGGAUAUUGAGCUUUCCAUGUGCCGCUAUCAUUCAACCAAGAGAAGCCGCAGCUACGUACCUCAUGUUUUCUGAUUGCAAUUCUUUUAGUGAUCAGAUAGUUGGCCCUGGAGUCAAUGAUGACAUAGACAAUGGUGCAGGUGCGGAUUAUAUUUCUGAUCUGGAUUCCCGUUCAGGGUGGAUGCAGAAGGAUGACAGGGACUGUUUGGAACGUAUCGUUGUUCGGUCUGCUAACUAUAAAGCCCAAGUUGCAGGUCAAAGGGUGGAAUCGGCUUGUGAUACCGUAGAGUAUGACAUUUCCUCCCUUGAUCUAUUAGCUUCUGCUUAUGGGGAUCCAUCAGACUCUGAGGAGGAAGCGAUUCGACCCGACACAUCUGUGUGUGCUAAUGACUUCUCAAUAGAGUCUAACAAGAAUGAGCCAGGCCAUCAAGAUGCAGAUGUUGUGAUUCUUGGCCAGCCUUCAUCACCACUUGAUUCUGUUAAUGAAGUUUCUGCUCAAAUGCCCGGUCGCACAGGUGCUCCUCAUGAUGUGCUGAGGCUGGCCACUGGUAGACAUCCACAAUUCAUGAAAUACUCGCUCCGGAAUAGCAUGGAAAGUUCAAUAUUGACAGAACCAUUAAAGGGUACAAAUAGAAACCUUAAAAAAACAUCUGGGAACAUCAUAACAUCAGCCGGAAUUUCACAUUUAACAGAUGCAGGUCGUAAAGAAUUGGAUGGUAACCACCGCACAUGCAUACGAAUGGCUAAAGAUAGUCAGUGUGAUGUUAACAUGGAUGAUCAGGACUUCGAUUCUGCAGAUUUAUGUAGGUAUUCUGAGAAUCCCUCGCGCUGCAUUUCGAAUGGCGCAGCAGCUGGAAGGUUUGUAGAAAGGACAGAGUUUGGCAAUGCGGGCAUUUCGGUAAAGAACCCAAUGAUAUCAUUUAUGCGGAGAUCUGAUAACAAUUCCUCUAGAAUGCAUAUAUUCUGUCUAGAACAUGCUGUUGAGGUGGAAAAGCAUCUUCGCGCAGUUGGUGGAGUGCAUAUGUUGCUCCUUUGUCAUCCAGACUAUCCCAAAAUAGAAGCAGAAGUGAAAACAUUGGCAGAAGAAUUGGGUAUAGAUCAUCUCUGGAAGGACAUUCCAUACAGGGAGGCAAACCAAGAUGAUAUAGAAGUGAUAAGAUUGGCUUUGGAUGGUCAGGAAGCCCUACAAGGAAAUGGUGAUUGGGCAGUAAAACUGGGCAUCAAUCUUUCUUACAGUGCCAGCCUCAGCAAGUCUCCUCUCUACAGCAAACAGAUGCCAUACAAUUCAGUCAUAUACAAGGCGUUUGGCCUCCGCUCUCCGGGAAACUCCCUCACCAAACCAAAGGUUUCUGGGCGGAGGCCUGGUAGACAGAAGAAAAUAUUCGUCGUGGGCAGAUGGUGCGGCAAGGUUUGGAUGUCAAACCAGGUUCAUCCUUAUCUUGCCUGCAGAGAUACCCAAGAGCAAGAAAAUACGAAGUCCCGUUAUCAAGGUAUCAAACAGAAGCUCAAGGUUGAUGUAGAUGUCAGCCUGGUUGAGCAAACAAUGCUUCCCAAAAGGAGCUCAUUGGUGGGUGCACCCAUGAUGGAAGGGAAAUCUGGAAUAAAGAGGAGAAAGUCAUUAGAAAAGGUGGGCCCGAAAAAACCCAGAUGGGCUCAAUCCAUUGCUACCACUAAACCCGCAGAAGAUUUACCCAACAACCCCUCUCAAUGUGGAAGGGUUCUUCGAAGCAGGCUAGCAAAAAGUGGGACGCCCUUGUUUCUUAAUGAUCGCAGGAAGAGCAAGAGCAUCGGUCGGAUGGAUUCAAACUCGAAAAUCAAGACUGAGGGAGGUCCGAGCACGCGCCUUAGAAAAAGACCGUUGAAGCAGCAAGAAGUCAAAGUCGGACGGGAAGUUGUCAAAGUCAAAGUCAAAGUCAAACAGGAAGUAGUCAAAGUGAGCUCCACGGAUGAGAGGCAAGUAAGGAAGAAGAAGGCGAUCAAAGCUCCAAGCAGUAAAAAUGUAAGAGUGAGAAAAGAUGAAGCGGAAUAUCAGUGUGAUAUGGAUGGGUGCUCCAUGUGCUUUAGCACGAAGCGAGAGCUUUCAAUGCACAAGCGCAACAUCUGUCCAGUCAAGGGGUGCGAGAAGAAACUCUUCUCUCACAAGUAUAUGGUGCAGCACCAGCGGGUCCACAUGGAUGCCCGCCCUCUCAAGUGUCCAUGGAAGGGGUGCCGGAUGACGUUCAAGUGGGCAUGGGCAAGGACUGAGCAUAUGAGGGUGCACACGGGGGAUCGCCCUUACCAGUGUGGGGAGGCAGGGUGUGGUCAGACAUUUCGUUUCGUCUCAGACUUCAGCCGUCACAAGCGGAAGACUGGUCAUUCGGUGAAGAAGAAGAGGGGCAGGGGCUGACAACUUCAAAUCAGUUCAUCAUCAUCAUCAUCAUCAUUUUCUUAGUGUUGUAAAUAACAUAGAGAAAUGAUGCAUUGCUCUUAAUAGUGCUGAGUUAUGGUGCUCCUAGUUCAGGACACUUGGACAGUCCAAUUGACCAAUCCGACUUGACCAUUAGGUCCACAACAUAUUUCAUGGGUUACCACGUCCCUAUUGGAUGAUUUGAACUAUUCUGAUCACUCAAAACAUGAAAAUGGACACCCUGUGUCUUCAAAAAAAAAAGAAAAUGGACGGGCAAGGUCAUUUACAGACAAGUAGGCCUAAUCAACUAUUUAACUGUUGGGGCCCAUCAUGGAUUACUUAUGGUUUGUAAAGCAUUACUUUUGUCAGUAUCAACCGUCCCAUCCAUGGCUUGGAAAAUGGAUGGCUAUAAGAUGGCCAGCUUGUGGAUGGAUCAUCUGAUCAGUGUUGAUUUUCAUAGUGUGGCCCAUUAAAUGUAUGAUGAACCUGAUGGACAGUCUGGAUUGAACUGAGAUAUCAAAGUGUCCCAAUGCAACUAGGAGCACUAUAACUUAAUAGUACUAUGAGAGCAAUGGAUCAUUUCUCUACCAUACAUGGCUUUUAUGUGAUGUCAUUGACAAGAGUAUUGGGUGAGCCAAGGAUUUGUGUAUUUCUUUUCUCUUUAGCACACCCCGUUUUUCC